AACUAUAAGAGAGCUGAUUACUCUACUAGUGCCGGGUAUCAGAAACCGUCAAAGGGUACUGGCUAGCCGUGAAACCCCUAACUUUCCAAAGUUUUGGUAUACGGCACACCAUGUAGCAGUCCUAGAUGGUCCAAUGUGGAGUGGUUAUCAGUUACAAAUGGCGAGCGUAGAUUCGAUCCUGGGAGUGCUCAUGGCCCUUUUGUUCCGGUUCGGCAUCCCUUUUUUGGGUCCACCUCCCGUACUUUCAUCCUUUAUCCCUCCAUCCUCGAACUCUUUUUUGCGCUCACUUCCCUAUUCGUCUUCCAGUUUCUGA